CCCUUCCGCGGCCUGAGAAAAUCUCUGAAAAUGGUCCGCUAUUCGCUCGACCCCGAGAACCCGACUAAGUCAUGCAAGUCGAGGGGCUCCAAUCUCCGGGUUCACUUCAAGAACACCCGUGAGACAGCUCAGGCCAUUAAAGGCAUGCACAUCCGCAAGGCCACCAAGUACCUGAAGGAUGUUACCGUCAAGCAUCAGUGUGUUCCCUUCCGCCGCUACAAUGGGGGUGUCGGCAGGUGUGCCCAGGCCAAGCAGUUCAACUGGACACAGGGACGCUGGCCCAAGAAGAGUGCUGAAUUCCUUCUCCACAUGCUGAAGAACGCUGAGAGCAACGCUGAGCUUAAGGGUCUUGAUGUGGACUCCCUGGUGAUCGAGCACAUCCAGGUGAACAAGGCUCCCAAGAUGCGUAGACGUACGUACCGUGCCCAUGGUCGCAUCAACCCCUACAUGAGCUCCCCGUGUCACAUCGAGAUGAUCCUCACAGAGAAGGAGCAGAUUGUUCCCAAACCUGAGGAGGAGGUUGCCACUAAGAAAAAGGUCUCUCAGAAGAAGCUGAAGAAGCAGAAACUCAUGGCACGGGAGUAAAUGUAAAUAAAAUGGAACCAUUCUUACC